AUGGAUCCUCAAAAAGGCGACAUGAGCCAAUUUGAAAGUGAGAGUGAAAAGAGUGAAGAACUCGAAUCCCAGAUGCCUGAACUGGGUGAGGAAGACACGAAUAAGCUCAAUGAGAUCAAGCACUUACUCCUUCAUGAGAUCGAGGAAGGAAUGACGAUGUCGUCGACGAAUCUGCGCGUUCUGACCUCGACGCGGGAGAUGUCCUUUAGAAUGUGGGACAAGUGCAUUCGAACGAUCAUUGCAACCAUGCACAAGACUUUGAGAGAUAUUAGACGCCAAGGUGCGAUAUUGCUGUGCGACAAGUAUUUUGAUGAAAUAAAGCUAGAAAUGCGGCGAUAUAAGCGACUCAAACAUGCAAGAGGGAAAGUCAUGUGUACUUAUGAUUUAGAGGAGAUCAACAAGCUCGAUGAUGAUUAUGGAAGGACCAUUCUCUGUAAAAACCGAGUGUGUCUCAUUCCAAAGAUCCAAUUUGAUGAUCAAGCACUUUUCAAGUUUGCGGUGCAGUUGCCACUUACGGUCGAUAUGCCGAUAAUAGAAGAUAUGCAGCUGCCUCCCAUGGACGAGUUCCCCGUGUUCAACACAGUCUACUUUGCCAGCAUCGAGCAAACAAAGUUCAUGCUUCCCUACCUGAUCUGCACUCGAGACGAGCGCGGGCCAGAGCUCAUGGCGCACAUUCUAGCGCCUCUUCGCCGCGAGAAGGACUUGCCACAAGUUAGAGCCGUCAGAGGAAGGUGGAGCUUUGCGAUCUCCCUUUUUGGUGUCAGCUGGGCAAGAGUGGCCAUACAAGUCUUUAAUCGACGUCCUGACGCUGACAAUCCACGUGACAAUGUACUGGUCCUCUUCCUAGACGAUCAUCGAAAACAGGCUUGCUGGAACAAUGAGUUCGCCAACUUUUACGAGAUUCCGCGCGAGUACAACUUCAAGCACAUCCCUGCUUUUACCUUCCAUGUCUGGCUGUGUGAUGUUGACUAUCGAUGGGCGACGUAUGGAUCUAAAGCGAGAAUACCCUUGGGCGAACGCAAGAAUGUCAUAAAGAAGUUCAUCAAGUCCUUCAAGGACUACGAAACUCACGAGCCAGAGUGCUGCGUCAAAGUCACCGGCAAGCGUGGCGAGGAGCCGUGGGCCUUCAAUGGCGACAUUUUCCUCGGUCUCAGCAAGACGAUUGCUUCGAAUAUGGAGAAAAACGAUGUGAGAGCGCACUCGAUGCAGUACCUUUUGAGAUCGACUUUCAAUAUGAUGGGUGACAAGGAAGAAGUCACAUACGAGGGGCGCCCCGUUUUCGAACGAGCGAAAGAGAAGUUCAAGCCUUCAACGAUUCCUCCGAUGCCAAAGUAUGAAAACGGCAAAUACGUGGGAUAUUCUGAUCCUGAAGACGAAGAAGAAAGCGAAGACAUAGACGCGCCAGUGAGAAUAAAGCCUCAAGAGAAGAGUGUCGACCUCAAAGCUGCACUUGAUUCUUUUGACAAACGGUAUGCUAAUGAGCUCUUUCUUGACAAAGAUUUGGAUGGGAUUGCCCCUUUUCCUGAAGAUGAGCUUUCUGAUAUCGAAGAUGGCAUGGCGAAGAUAGAUGAAGAUAUGAAGAACGUAGCUGAUGAAAUGGAAUACAAGAAGAACUUGCGAAAGUUUAAUUUAACAAGAAAACUGAGCGAGGACCUUGAAAAGUACACUGACUCUUCGUCUGAAAGUGACUCCAGCGAUAAAGCAACAAGACGAUCAAUCGACGAAAACAAAGAAGAAAGUGAAGUAGAGAACAAGAGUGAAAUGGAAGAAGAAAGUGAUGAAGACUGGGGCAAUAACUCGAGCCCCACGGUGAAAAAAGAUGAUAAAAUGGAUACAUCUAACAGUGCUUUACAAAAACCCGAAGAGAUUGGAUGUCGAUUUGAUGGCCAUAUCGACUCUCCAGUUGACGAAACCGGUGAUUGUCCAUCGGAGAAGAUAGAAGAGAACCAGAUCCAUGAUGAACUGCCUGCAUCAGUAAGGGUUCCCAGCAAUCCUAAUUUUGAGACGACUUAUUCAAUGAUUGCAGAAGGAAGAUCUCCUGAUCCUGGUCUGUCUAAGAAAAGAGGGAGGCUCCAGCUUGAUUCAGAACCACAACCUGGUCCACCAACUUCUUCGCCUGCCAAAAAGGCUCCGGUUAUGACUAAGAAGCGAUUCAACUUGCUGAGCCAGAAACGCAGUUUUAAAAUACCGACACGGCACAAGAAAGAAAAGAAGUUCAAAAUGGGAAAAUCCCUAUUGUACAAAAGUCUUCGCCAAUCAUAUGACUUUACCGAAAAUCCGCUGAAGAUAGAUGUGAUAAGAAAACAGUUACAAGUAAUAGAUCCGAGCACGGUCGAUGGGCCCAUCAAGUAUCUUUACGAAAUGACGGACCUUGAGCGGUGGGAAAACGCAGACAUGAUUAACGAUAAGGAUGUCUCGCUGGAAGACAAGGACGGCAUCGUCCACGUGGCGAGUGUCAAUCAAAGACGAGAAUUCCGCAAAGAAACGAAAAAGACAACAUCGAAGUUUUCUGGAGACAAGUUCCGAUCUCUUGUCGAGGAAAAUGAAGAGCUGUACCAGCGGUUUUACGACUAUUUUUUCGGACCCUCUGAGCCAUCGAAGAAUAAACUCAUGAAUCACCAAAAGCGAUUCAAAACUGAGCGUCUUCUUUGGGAUAUCAACGGAACGCGAAAGUUACGCGAGUCUCUCUUGGAAUUUGUGAAGAUAGAGCAUUCCGAGUUUUUAGUUUUCUUUGAGGCGUUUGAGAUGCCUUGCUCUUUUGGUCAAGCUUUCAAAAAGCAGGCCGAGUUGCGGCAUCAACACGCUGGCACUGAUGAAGACAAUGAAGAGGGUACGCUUGGUUGGCGAGAGGAUGCAUUCAACCAAGUUCCCUUGAAGGUAAAGCGAAAGAAGCUGCAAGAGGAUAUGUCGGUGCCUAACAAAUGGAGGAGCAUCGAAAGAUGGGAGUACUCAAGGAAAAUGCUUGCGAAAAAAAUUCGUAAAGAGCAGAAAGCUGCGAAAAAAAUUAAAAGAGAAAAAGAAGAAGCUCUUCAGGCGAAACUCGACGCCGCGAAGGGAAUAAUCAGACCGCCAAAAGUAACCCCGAAGAAAAAGCCUAAGAUGUCGAAAAAGAUCUCUCUGGAAGAAGUCCUUGCUUGGCCUGUCGAAAAGGUGCUGAAGGCAGUCGACAAGGAAUCCAAGCAUGCUGAAAAAGCACCAAAACAUCCGCUACGUGACUCCAGUGACCCACAACUGGAAGGGGCCAAGAUGAGCAAAAAUGUCCGACGCGAUUCGAAAGCAAAGUUGUCCUCUAAGGUGCCAGACCAAGCAGCUUCAAAUACUUUCAAGCACGAAAAAGAUUCAGUGAAGGAUUCGAAUACUCCCGAAUGGAGAGCUAAACGAUUAGAAGAUGCGGCUGACGAGCCAUUGCCCCAGGAAAAUAAGACCGGAAAGCCGUACUAUCCACCUCCCAAACGAUCAACCUCGAGUCAGUCGAAUUUAUCACGGCAUUCUGAGAAGAUAUAUGGUCGGCAAUCUGUCCAGAGAAAUAAAUCUAGGCCGGAGUUCGGCGCGACAAACGACGAGGAUAAGCCGCCAUCAUACCAACCUCCUCAUCGAGCCUCUCGUUCACGUUCGCAGGAGUUUGGAGAUCGAGAUCGUGGGCAGAACGAGGACAGAGAGAAACAUGAUUCGCAGCUCAAGGAGAAGCGGCGCUCAAAGGAUGACCACAGCCGAAUAAAAGUGCCUGAAAAUCGAGGUGAAUCUUCUACAGUUAAUGAGACUGGACGUGCUGAAUUUGUGACGAUGGAGCAGUUGAAAAAGUAUCACACGAUCUCUGUUCCAACUUAUCAAGGUCAUGCUGCUCCCCUUGACCUUCCACCGCGACCUUCUAUGGCACCUAUGAAGAAAUCUGAACUCAUCCGGCAGGAAAAAGAAGCAGCUGUUGCAAGAGCUCAAGAGCUCAAAGCGAUGGCGAAAAAGUCAGGUUGGGAUGAAUCCUCUCCCGAGAACAAUGUCCGAAAAGCUUCUUUUACAUCCAGGGACCGCCUAGAUAGUCGGGACAGACCUGUUCACAUUCGUUUCCGUUCCGAUGAUGAUCGCAGUCCAUCACCACCUCGUCGACGUAGGUCACCAUCUCCGAGGAGAUAUGAUGCACCUUCAUAUCGUGGUCGAAGUCCAUCUGAAGAGCGCCCUAGAAUUUACGAUGACCGCGGAUUCGACCGUGGAUAUGACCGAGACUAUGAUCGAGGUUAUGAUCGAGGAUAUGAUCGUGGGUAUGAUCGCGGAAAUGACCGAUCGUAUGAUAAUCGAAGCUAUGAUGAUCGAAACUACGAUAAUCGUAGCUAUGACAGUCGUCCGUUUGAGAAACGAUACGAAACGAAUCGUGACCGAACUGAUUACAACCAUAACAGAAUUGACUCUGGUGACGACGACAGACAUCCUUACGGCACCAUUAGGAACGAAUUCCGGGAUCGCCGUGGCUACAAAUCAUCAGUCAACUUCAAGACUCGAGGGAAUAACAAUGGUUACUUCAAGAAUCACCACUGGAACAGCAACCGUGGCUUCAACAACUACGGCUUUGGAUACAACAACAAGCGAGGUGGCUAUCGUAAUUCGAAUCGCAACAAUUACGAAGACUUCGCUCGAAAAAAUAGCCUUCCUUAUGGGUACAAGCAUGGCAGUAACUCGUUCGGUGAUUCUAAAAUAGACUUGAGACUAAAGCAUCAAAGCGAAAGAAGACCCCAACGCGCUGACACUCACUUCGAGCCAGGACAAGGAUGCGGCGGUUGGAAUUCAAACGAUGUGCAUGCAUCAAAACCAGGAACGCCAAAGACAGAAGAGAGUCAUUUUCAAUUACCAACUUGGGACACUCAAAGCAAAGCUCCUGAGAAAUGCUACAUGGUUCGAGUCAAGAAUCUUGGAAAGUGGAGUCUCGAUGAUGUCAAAGGCCUGUUUGCAACAUUCGGAACUAAGAACAUCAACAAAGAUGGCGAUGAUUGGCUUGUUACUUUCGCUACUCAGACAGACAUGGAUGAAGCUAGGAUUGUCGACGGAGAGGUCUUGCCCUCGAAGAGUGGGAACAGAAAGAUCAGAGUCUUUCAAGAACGUUGUUAG